AUGGCGCCCCUGGCCUUCGCGUCGCUCCUGCUACACGUCCGCACACUCAACGCGCGGGGCCUCAACGUCCCCGAACGCCGCUCCAGAUUGCUGAGGGAACUGUGGUCUUUCCAGACAUCGGUUGCAAUGAUACAGGAGACAUACUUCAAGCUGGGUUCAGAAACAGCGCUGAAAGACAGGAGGUUCCCUACUGGCUACUUCACAUCACACUCUUCGCUUGAUACUCUCUGUAUCAAGAAAGCCUUGCGGACUUUACACUUAGUAGACUGCUGGAGGACUCUCCAUCCGGAGACAAGGGACUACUCGUAUUAUUCGGCGGUGCAUGGAUCGUACACUAGAAUAGACUACCUCUUUCUCUCCCAAACUUACUUGACCUUACUACAAGAUUCGACCAUCGGACACAUCGCAUGGUCUGACCAUGCACCGGUGUCACUCCCCCCUUUUCAAACCAAGGGAGUGAACAUGGCGUCUGAACGAGUCAUUACUGAUGGACGACAAAGUCCGGACCACGGUUCGAGUAACCUUGACUAA